AGCUGUCCAAGCAGGGAGGCUUCGAUUACGUCCGCGGAGCGUGCCAUGAUGAACCAUCUCCCCGGGAGCUGCCGAUGGUGCUCCGAGAACCCCUUCAAUGUGUUGGGGAACUUGCUUGGACUUGGUCCAAAGCGGGAGGAGAAGGGCCCGGUCGGCACGUCAUCCGUGAAGAAACCCGCCAGGCACAAUGAGCGGGAAUUUAAGAAAAGAACAAAUGAGGAGGUGAAGGAAGCGGUGGCCUUGUGGAGCAGCUAUGUGCACGUGCGAGCCAAGGAUUUCUUCCAAGGCACUGGACAACUGGAGGAGGUUCUCUCGCAGCUGGCGGCGGGGACGUCCGCAGACACCGAGCCGGUGGCGUCCGAGAACAGCGAGUGCGUGCAUUGGUGGGGCGAUACCACCAAAGAUGAUUGUCAAGCGGCCAUCCGUAUGGUCAAGCCCGGAGAGCAUCAGGAGUCCGUCACCUAUGUGAAUCGCGUGCUCGCCUUCAUGUUUGCCACGGACGACUGCUUCGAGAAGCUCAUGCAAUUGCCCAAGGAACCCUUCAAGAUGAGCUGUGGGGAUCAACUUUGCGUGCAGUUGGGGCACAUUGCUCUGCAAACCUGCUGAGUUUUGGGCAAAAUGUGCCUUGAACAGGGCUGGCUAGGGCUUCUUGAGCUUGCAGAGGGGUUGCCAUAGAGAGAGAAAGCAGGGCUUCUCCCAUCCCCACUCUUGUAGUCAAUAGGCG